UUACUUCCGUGUGAAUGACUCCAUACAUCCAUCCAUGCUCCAACUUCCCUGUGUAGCCUUCUAACUAGUAGCAGCUGCAUCUCAGUAGAGUUGGUUUUCUGACGCCUACCAUCAAGUUAGUCCAAAUGGAUUAUACUGCAACUCAAAGUGGGUUCCGACAGCGUAAGUUACAGCCUAAUAUGCGUCUGAGGAAUAGCUCCGUGGAUGGUUCAGAAGGCAGCCAGCUGUUUGAGGAUACGAGUGGAGCUGCGGCUGGAUCACAGACAGGGUACAGCAGGAACCAGCAGGCUGGGUCUCAAGCAGCAGGAUUUCCUGGCCAGUCCAUUCUGUCAGACCCCAUGUCUAACCUGGCCAUGGCAUAUGGCAGCUCACUGGCAUCCCAGGGAAGGGAAAUGGUGGACAAGAAUCUGGACAGGUUCAUCCCAAUUUCUAAGCUGAAAUACUACUUUGCCGUGGAUACAAUGUACGUGGGGAAGAAGCUGGGCCUUCUAGUUUUCCCUUACAUGCACGAGAGCUGGGAGGUGAACUACCAGCACGAUACUCCUGUGGCUCCACGCUUUGAUGUGAAUGCUCCCGAUCUCUACAUUCCUGCCAUGGGCUUCAUCACAUACAUCCUGGUGGCUGGAGUGGCCCUCGGCACACAGAACAGGUUUUCUCCGGAGCUGCUGGGAGUUCAGGCCAGCUCAGCGUUGGUGUGGCUGAUCAUGGAAGUUCUGGCGGUCCUGCUGUCGCUCUACCUUGUGACCGUAAACACCGACCUCACUACCAUAGACCUGCUGGCCUUUUCUGGUUACAAAUAUGUUGGGAUGAUCAUUGGGGUAGUAGCAGGCCUGUUGUUUGGGAGGCCAGCGUACUACCUCUCUCUACUGUGGUGCUGUGCUGCCAUCUUUGUCUUUAUGAUCCGCACUCUGCGUCUGAAGCUGUUAUCUGAGGCGGCGGCGGAAGGGAGGCUGGUGAGAGGAGCCAGAAACCAGCUGAGGAUGUACCUCACCAUGUCUAUAGCAGCAGCACAGCCCAUCUUCAUGUACUGGCUCACCUACCACCUCAUCAGAUAAAAGCUGGAACACACACUCACACACUUGUUGUAUAGAAGAUGAACUUGGCUGUAUGAAUGCCAUCUCACCCCCUAAAACAACUCAAGCGAACACACACACAUAAAAGAAGCUGGACUUGGCUGAAACGGCCACAGUUGUCUGGAUAAUAUCCCAUCACUUCCCAGACAUAAAGACAGAACUACACAUUCACAAGACUCACUCCAUGUAUGCAUGGAGCAAAAACAACACAUGCUAUCAGACAGUUAAGAGAAGAUGUGAGGCAUCGCGGCCUUUUCUCUCGCAGCACAGCACCACGCCUUUUUUGUGUGUCUUUUUUUAUGUUCUGUCUUCAAACAUUUGUAGCAAGAGCAAGUGGCUUUACGUUGUUUUUCUGUACUGUAUAAUUAUUUGUUAAUUAUGUUUUUUAGGAAUAUUUAAAUAUGUAUGUUUGUGUAGCAGAAGUAUUAUUGCAGAUGUUGCUCUUCUCUGAUAUCUUAUAAGUGGUUUUUCUGAGCCGGCAGAAAGAAAGCACACAACCCGUCCAUUUAAUGAAAAGACAUAACUCAAAUUCAGGUAUAAAAAUGAUCAAGUGGCUCUGCUUUGGUGUUUGACUAGAAUUACUUUUUCCCUGGUCCAUCAUUGAUUCUGGAAACAAGGGAUAUAUAACUGGUGUGUAAGUGUGGGUGUAGUACCACCUCCAUGUGAUCUGUUUAAUCUUUUUGUAUGUGCUUUGAUACAUGUAUGAGCUUUGCUGCCUGACAACUCUUGAAGAGAAACUGUGUAAGCCACGUUACGGUCACGAUGAAAUGUUGAGUUGACUUUGAUAUCCUUUUUAAAACCAAGUAAAUUAUUUGCUGCUUUUCAUAUUGAAAGUCAGAUGGAAUAAAGAAAGGGAAGAGAUGA